CCAAAAACCACCAAAGUUUAUAAUAAUUUCCUUCACGAUGAGUUUCUCCAAAAUCCUACUCAAAGUAUUCCCUUUCCUCUUGGCUGAGCUCCUCAUGAUCUCAGCCACCGAAGCUGCCGGCUUCGAUAUCCGAAACAACUGCCCCUACACUGUCUGGGCCGCCGCCGUGCCUGGCGGCGGCAGGAGGCUCAACCGCGGAGAGACCUGGACCAUCAACGUGAACCCGGGCACAAAAGCCGCCCGCAUUUGGGCCCGAACCGGCUGCAACUUCGACGGGGCUGGCCGCGGCCGGUGCCAGACCGGCGACUGUGGCGGGGUCCUCCAGUGCAACGGCUACGGCCAGCCACCCAACACCCUGGCGGAAUACGCGCUGAACCAGUACAACAAUCUCGACUUCUUUGACAUCUCGCUCGUCGACGGGUUCAAUGUUCCGAUGGAGUUCAGCCCCACGUCCGGCGGGUGCAGCCGCAGAAUCCGGUGCACCGCCGACAUCAACGGGCAGUGUCCGUCUCAGUUGAGGACAUCCAGUGGGUGCAAUAACCCUUGUACGGUCUUUAAGACGGAUCAGUACUGUUGCAAUUUGGGCAAUUGUGGGCCCACCAACUACUCUAGGUUUUUCAAGGAUAGGUGUCCUGAUGCUUAUAGUUACCCUAAGGAUGAUCAGACUAGUACUUUUACGUGCCCUGGUGGAACUAACUACAAGGUUGUGUUCUGCGCUUAAGCAUGUUAUUAAGCUCCGAUCGAUAAUCUUACAGAAGACCAAUAAGUAGCCAACUUAUAAUAAUAUAGUUCGAUCGAACUAAAUAUAAUAGUGUAAUAAAACAUUUUAUUGGUCGG